AUGGCGGCGCCCUGCACGGAAAACAAUCACAAGCAAGGCAAAUUGGAAUUGUAUCCUAUGUACUCCACAUAAAACGUCAAUAUAACGUUUAUUUACAUUAACAACGCUUGAUCGUAUAUUGCCUCUUCAACGUUGUAUGCAUAUUUUGAUAAUUUAGCAUGAAACAGAGUGAAAACUUCCUUGACAGUCCCUCAGUGCACUAGACGUCCCGUUCCCAUCUAGUCUCGAGGCGUCCAUCGCACUCCAGUCCCUCUCCCCAGACCGCGAGCUCCGGAAAGGAGGCAUCAGCAAGGAACUCACGGUGUCCGGCAGCACGCUGUCUGUGUGAGUGUCUGCUGUGUGUGCGCGUGUACUACCACCUAGUGUAAUUUAUGAUGUAAGUGUGUACGGAAACCUGGGAAAUACCCUACUAGUACUUCAAGCUAUAGGCCGAUAGCGUUGACAUGUCACGUAUGUAAUCAUAUGGAAAGGAUGAUAACGGAAAGACUGACGUACUCUCUGGAGAGUAGAGGACUAAUGUCACAAGAUCAAAGUGGGUUCAGGAAAGGCAGGGGAACGAUGGAUCCUGCACUGUGUCUUGAGUCAGUCAUACGGAAGGCACAGGCAAAUAAGGAGGUGGUGGUAGCCGUUUUCUUUCAUGUAGAGAAGGCUUAUGAUGUGGAAGGAAGGUCUACUUAUCAAGCUGGAUAACAUGGGGGUUGGAGGAAGGGUUUUUAACUGGAUAAAGGAACUCUUUAUUGGGAGGUCAUUGUUAGCGGAUGAUGGAGCGAUGUGGAAGAGCUGGAUAGAUACUACCCAUACAGCCAGAAGUGGUGCCUUAGGUGGGGCUUCAAGUUUUCAGUUGAGAAAACACAGACUGUGUUUUUUUCUAGAAGGAAGAUUGAGGAGGAAAUAUACUUGAAGUUGUAUGGAAGGAAUCUGGAGGGUGGGGAGGGUUUAGGUUCCUGGGGGUUUGGUUUGACACUCGAAUGACAUGGGCAUAUUAACAGAGUAGUUGUCAAAGGAAAUAAAAUAUUGAAUGUGAUGCGUUGCUUGUCAGGAAUGGAGUGGGGGGCAGAUAGAAUGGCAUUGAAAAUGAUAUAAAGAGCUGUUAAGGUCAUCAAUGGAUUAUGGAAGUAUAGCAUAUGGAUCAGCAGCUCAGACAUCUUUAAAAAGGCUAGAUUUAAUCCAGGCCCAAGCCCUAAGAAUAUGUUGUGGAGCAAUCAGGACCUCCCCGGUGGCAGCGAUGGAGGUAGAGAUGCCAUUUAAGUUAAGAAGACAACAGCUAGCCAUGACAUAUUGGGUAAAUCUACAAGGACAUAAGGUUACACAUCCUACAAAAAAGGUGCUCCUAGAGCGCUGGGAACAUGAAUGGAAUCUCAAUACAAGCUUUGGGUGGAUAGGCAAUUGCAUGGCGAGAGAGAUGGGACUGUUUAGGAGGGAGUUUAGCCCCUCUGUUGCUCUUCCUGCUAUCCAACCUUGGUUUCUCCCUCAGCCAGUGAUAGAUCUAGGGUUGCUUGAGAGGGUAAGAGAUGUUGAGGAAGGAGUAGAUGAAGUUGUAAGUGAACAUUUAAGAACACAAUACUAUGCUUUCUUGAAUAUAUUCAGAUGGAUCUAAUAAUAAUAAUAAUAAUAUGCCAUUUAGCAGACGCUUUUAUCCAAAGCGACUUACAGUCAUGCGUGCAUACAUUUUUGUGUAUGGGUGGUCCCGGGGAUCGAACCCACUACCUUGGCGUUACAAGCGCCGUGCUCUACCAGCUGAGCUACAGGAGGACAGGAGCAACUUUUAGUGUUCCUGAGUUUAAGGUGGCAGUGAUGAAAGAGCAACGGAUAAUCUAUCUGUUUACACAAUGGAGUUGAUGGCCAUACUAUCGGCUGCAGAGUGGGUGGAGGUGGUGAGGCCAGACAGGGAAGUCAUCUGCUCUGACUCCUGUGCAGCACUGAUGAGCUUAAAUUCAUGUGUGUCUCAGAGCAGACAUGAUGUAUUGUAUGAGGUUUUGCAGUGCUUGUAUGGGGUGAGACAGAUGGGGGUAUUUGUGAUGUUCCUCUGGGUACCAGCUCAUGUGGGAGUAGAGGGGAAUGAGGAGGUGGAUGUUAUCGCCAAGCAGGCUCUUAAACAUCCUAAUGUUGAGAUGGAAUUGUCAAAUCAGUAAAGCAGAAGCCAGGGGGUUAAUAAGAACAGUGGUUAGAAACAAAUCGCAAGAGUUGUGGAACAGGGAGAGAAAGGGAAGACACCUGUAUAAGAUCCAGGAAAGGGUGGGGGCAGGGAGGUCCUCAGGUCGAGAGAGGAGGGAGGAAAGUGUAGUCACAAGGCUGAGAUUGGGACACACAAGGCUCAAUAGUACAUUGAAAUUGGUGGGGAAACAUCUGACUGGGAGGUGUGAUCAUUGUCAGGAGGAGAUGGAGACAGUGGAACCUGUUCUAUUUCAGUGCCAGAAAUAUGUGAGAGAAAGGGAGCGAUUGUUAUUAGAUUUGAAGAGUAAUGGGGUUGAAGAGCCAGUAUUAAGUGAACUGCUGGGGAAAUCUUCAGGGGAUGUAGUAUUUAUUUAUGUAUUUAGUUUCCUUAGGAGUAGAGAUUAUUGGUUAGGAUUUAGACAUUCACUGUCUCUGGUGCACACUCCAGUCCAGUUGGUGGCGCUAAUGCACCUUAAAGUUGGUUGCCAACCGCCAUAUAAAAUCCACAGAAGAAGGUGUAUGUGUGUAUGGUGGUACUACUGUAUACAAGAUUGUUGAGUUGUAUCAUACUGAUCGGUCAUGUGAAUCUCUCUCCCUCAACUCUUCUUUCUCCUUUAUCUCCUCCAUCCCUCUUUCCAUCAGGAGGUGGAGAGCCGAUGAGGCCCGUAUUCUGCGUGUCUCUGUUGGGUCGUUUAUGGACCACCUCUCCCUUGUGAUGGAGACCAUGGAGGCCUUUGGACCCCCUGUCACUCGGUGA